UCUUUAGAUAAUGGAUCCUAUCAAUUCCCUUGAGACUGAAGACAACUUUGAGGAAAAGUGUGCUGUGUCACUGCCUCCCUCACGUUUGUCCUAUGUCCCUCCCACACUGAGAGAGGGUGAGCUUUACCACGUCUUCAUUAGCUACAGCAGCACUGACUAUCGCUGGACCCACUCCCUCAUCAACCAGUUGGAGUCCUGCGGCCUGCAGGUCUGCUACCACGAGCGAGACUUCAUCCCCGGCCACACCGUGUUGGAGAACAUGUCCGAGUGCAUCCAGGAGAGCCAGAAGGUCCUGCUGGUCCUCAACCCCGAGUUUGUGAGGAGCCGCUGGUGUCUCCUGGAGGCCAACAUGUCUCUGUUCAGGAACUGCCUGGAGAGGAAGCCCAUGUUGCCAGUGCUGCUGGAGCCAGGAGUCUCUGUUCCUCUCCACCUCUGCCACCUCACCUACUUGGAGGCCAGGGACCCAGACUUCAUCAGUAAGGUGCUCAAGGUGCUCUGCACCCCUGACCAGCAGCUUCAAGGCUCCACUGUGGCGCCCUUCCAGCCACCCUCGAUCUACAAUGGGAAGGCCCUGCAGCCUUUGACUGCUGCCAAUGAGGAGGGAGUCCAGAAAUGGGACGCUGGUCAGUUCAGUAACAUGGAGGUGCCAGACCAACUGCGUUUGGUUAUUGAGGAUCAAGAGAAAUACAGGAUGGCUGUGAGGAUGAUCAACAGUGUGUCUGACAGAUACGCCUGCUGCCUGGCCAAAAGACACUUCCCAUUUCCCCAACCCAGCACCACUGGUCACCUAGAGGGAGGGGUGUGCUUCUGCCAGUAUGUUUCCUUGCAGAUGAGCAGAGAGGAGUGGAAAUAA